CCCUUCAACUAAUUGUUUUGCUAUAACGCAGGAGUACUUAUUUGCUUCAACAUAUAUUCUAUAGCAUGAAAUUCAUAUGGAAUGAACAUCUUUGGUAUCCCUAAUGGCACAAGCUACUGUUUCUGAAAUUGAAUCGCCUCGACGACGCUCUGGUCUAUUGCGAGAUCAGGUUCAACUAGUUAAAAGAAAGGACUGUGAUCGCUAUGAAAUUGUUCCAAUCCAGGAUUCUUUGUCAUUUGAGAAAGGAUUCUUCAUAGUUAUUCGGGCAUGCCAGUUGUUGGCUCAAAAGAAUGAUGGGCUUAUAUUAGUAGGAGUUGCAGGUCCCUCUGGAGCAGGGAAAACUGUUUUCACUGACAAGGUCGUCAAUUUUAUGCCAAGCUUAGCUGUCAUAACAAUGGACAAUUACAAUGAUUCUAGCCGAAUCAUAGAUGGCAACUUUGAUGACCCUCGGUUGACGGAUUAUGAUACCUUGCUCAAAAAUAUACAGGGCCUUAAAGCAGGGAAGCCUGUUCAGGUUCCAAUAUAUGAUUUCAAGUCCAGUUCUCGCGUAGGUUACAGGACUGUUGAAGUCCCUAGCUCCCGCAUUGUAAUCAUAGAAGGCAUCUAUGCCUUAAGUGAAAAGUUACGACCUUUGCUUGAUCUUCGUGUUUCUGUCACCGGUGGAGUUCAUUUUGACCUUGUCAAGCGUGUUUUGCGGGACAUUCAACGUGCUGGUCAAGAGCCUGAAGAAAUAAUACAUCAAAUCUCUGAAACGGUAUAUCCUAUGUAUAAAGCUUUUAUUGAGCCAGAUCUCCAAACAGCACAUAUAAAAAUUAUUAACAAGUUUAAUCCAUUCUCUGGAUUCCAGAAUCCCUCCUACAUAUUGAAGUCAGCAAAAUCUGUGACAGUAGAUGAAAUCAAGGCAGUUAUAGCUGCAGAGCAUACUGAAACCAAAGAAGAAACAUAUGACAUAUAUCUUCUACCUCCCGGGGAAGACCCUGAAGCAUGUCAAUCAUAUUUGAGGAUGAGAAACCGGGAUGGAAAGUACAAUCUCAUGUUUGAGGAAUGGGUUACAGAUAGUCCAUUCAUAAUAUCACCUAGAAUUACUUUUGAGGUCAGCGUGCGCCUUCUUGGAGGGCUGAUGGCCUUGGGGUACACAAUUGCAGCUAUCCUGAAAAGAAGCAGCCAUGUAUUUUAUGAUGAUAAAGUGUCCAUAAAAACUGAUUGGCUAGAACAACUUAAUCGCCUAUAUGUUCAGGUGCAAGGGAAAGAUAGAAACUAUGUUAAGUUUGUAGCAGAGAAACUGGGGUUGGAUGGUUCAUAUGUUCCUCGCACUUAUAUUGAACAAAUUCAGCUAGAAAAACUUGUAAAUGAUGUGAUGGCACUGCCAGAUGAUCUGAAGACAAAACUAAGCAUAGAUGAUGAUUUGGUUUCAAGCCCCAAAGAAGCGCUUUCCAGAGCUUCUGCAGAUAGGAGAAUGAAGUAUCUCAAUCGUGGUAUUUCACACUCGUUUUCAAAUCAAAGAGACAAGAGUCUAUCUAAGCUGACUAGACUUGCUAUAAAUAACAGAAGAUUCGAUGGGAGAGCUCUAGAAUCACCUACACCGAUUGCUAACCAAGGAGUCAUCACUCAACUUUCUGAUCAAAUUUCCACAUUAAAUGAAAGAAUGGAUGAGUUCACCUCCCGUAUUGAAGAGCUGAAUUCAAAGUUUGCAAUCAGAAAAGUUUCAGCCAGUCAACAAAACUUGGCUUUGCAGGCUGAAGCCUGCAAUGGCUCAGGUCCCACUUCCCUCUUUGUAACUGGAUUGGGCAAUGGUUCAAUGACUGGAUCAUUGCUGCCUAAUUCUUCAUCAUCUUCCCAAUUGGCUAGAGAGUCUCCCCUGAUGGAAGAGGUUUUACUUGUUGCACGAGGACAACGUCAAAUCAUGCAUCAACUAGACACUCUGAGCAAUAUUUUGCAUGAAUAUUUUGGAGAAAGGUCACGGCUGGAAAGAACAGACCAGACAAACAGAAUGCGUGAAGUUGAAUCCGUAGCCAUACCCCUGGUUCUGUCUUUGGCCAUUGGUGCUGUUGGUGUGCUUUUAUUUCAGGGUUUGAAAUCCCAAAAAUAAUAUGUAUAUACAUUUUCUUUAUUGUCAUCACCAUCUAUGAAAGAAACCUCAUCAUUAUAUGUAUAAGGUCCCUGCAAACAAUAACCAUCUGUGAGGUACUGCUUGAAAUCAAGUAGUAGGGGACGACCUUAGGGGGCUGACCGUAUAUUUCGGCAUUCACUUAAGAUGUAAUAUUGAAUUGUCAACCAUUAUAUGUCUUUACUCAAUAUAUAAGCUUCUGUAUAUCUUUGUUCUCGUUAAAUAACUUAUCCACUUGGUGGAAUA